CGCCUGCACGAGUUCUUCCUGGAGGGCAGCCCCGACGAUGAGGGGCAGCUGAGCCACGACGGGUUCGUGUCCAUAUUCGGCCUGAAAGCGGACGUGUACACGCACAGGCUGGUGCGCAUCUUCGACCUGGACAACGGCGGCACCAUCGGCUUCAGGGAGUUCGUCUACGGAUUGUCCAAGUUCCAGGUGGACAGUUUCGACCGGCGGGUGCAGUUUGCGUACAGGCUGUUCGACUUGGACGGCGACGGCUCCCUCGACAAGCACGAGUUGAUGGCCGCGGCGAAG